AUGGAUGUCUGUGAGGACAAUAAAGUGAAAGUCUGUACAAGCUACCAGAGACGAAGAGAAGAGGAGGACCAGCAGCCAGAUCCUCCUGCUGCCUGCUGUGUGUCUAUGAAGACUGACGGGUCCAGAGAAGAGCCGCCUUGUGUUAGCAGCAGGCCAGUACCGGCGGACUCAGGGGUGAUUAGAGAAGUGGAAACAGGAGCAGCAACUUCAAAUGCAUCAGUGGUUUUGUCUCCUGAGAACUGGGACAUUGACAUUUUAGACAAAGGAAGGACCGUCAGUGAUUUCAUAGACAGUAAAAUAAAAGAGCUCAGUUCAGUGGACAUCGAGGAGCCGUUCCAUGUGGCAGAUCUAGACAGCAUACUGAGGAGGCACCACAGGUGGGUGACUAACCUGCCUCGAGUCAAGCCUUUCUAUGCAGUCAAGUGCAACAACACAGCAGCAGUUCUGAAGAUGAUGACUGUUUUGGACACUGGUUUCGACUGUGCCAGCAAGGGUGAGAUCCAGAAGAUACUGUCCCUGGGAGUGUCGCCUAAUAAAAUCAUUUACGCACAUACAACCAAACCGAUGUCUCACCUCAGAUAUGCCUGUGCUCAUGGAGUAGAUGUGAUGACUUUUGAUAAUGAGGAUGAACUCCUAAAAGUUUCUCUCUGUCACCCCAAAGCCAAACUGGUACUCCGCAUCGCAGUGGAUGACUCCAAAUCGCUGGUUAGACUGAAUUCAAAGUUUGGAGCCAGACUGGUGUCAGUCGGUAAGCUGCUGGAACGUGCUGGAGAGCUCGGCGUGGAGGUCAUUGGGGUCAGCUUUCAUGUCGGCAGCGGCUGCUAUGAGGGUUCGGCGUUCAGGCAGGCCAUAGUAGAUGCACGCCAUGUCUUUGACGUUGGG